ACGUUCUACUGAUGCAAAUGGCUCAGUGUGACGCAUCACACACACAGAGCAGUUAACAGUCAUGAAGUAGUAAUCAGUUAAAUGAUUUUCUUUAGGUAUCCUGCGUCUUUUUUGUUUUUUAACGUUUUUGUCCCAUCUGGUGCAUGCGUCGUUGAAUGAAAUACAGGCCGGAGAAUUCGAAGACACCGAAUUUGCCGAAUUUGAAGAAUUCGACGAAGACAAUGCCAACAAGCUGAAUCCUGAGGAGGAACGCUCCUCGAAUACAAAACAAAAUGAGGAAGCAACCAAUGAAGGAGUACCGAAACCGACACCGUCCGAGCAAUCGACGGUGGAUGCCUCAACGCCGCCUGGCGCCGCUACUGGAGACUUCUUGAAUGACGACGACGAUGACGAAUACGGCGUGGUUCAAGAUGAAAUCGACGAUGAUUUCUCACAUCUGAAAAACAAAGAAGAGUUCGAAAACUUUCAUGAUGGCCGUCCUGGUACAGGCGCGAGCGAUGAUCCUCUCGAGGUUCAUCCUCUCAAGAUCACGGACGUUCCAUCUCAUCUUCGAAAUAACUGGAGCAACUUCAGCCUAGAGAUGGUGAUGCUGUUCGGCUUAGCCGUUUACCUUUUCAAUUACCUCUAUGGUAAAACGAAGAAUUACGGCCUUGCCGUAACGUGGUUCGAUGUUCAUCGUGACAUCCUUGAAGACAAUUUCAGCGUUGUCGGUAACUUGAUAUUGAUGUUGCAAGUGAAGUUUUGA